AUGGUUCGUUGGGUGCUCUCGCUGCUCGCGUCCGCGUCGGCCUGCACCAUCAUCGCCGUGGGCAAAGACGUCUUAUAUAUCCUACAGGCGUCAAGUACGGGGUCGCCGCUAGCGACGCACAACGCCGACUGCGGCAACUGCGACUUCCGCAUCGGCAAGGUGCCGGCCAAGACCUUUGCGAAUGGCUCGAGCCGGCCCAUCACGCGCUUCCGCCUCGAGUACCCUCGCUACGUGGGCGACGACCGCGGUGACACGUUCAAGCUCGCCAACGUCGACACGACCAUUUACAACUGGACCGAGACGCCAGCGAUCGGGCAUAUCCCGCAGGUGCCGGCGACGUACGCGUACCUCUCGGGUCUCUACGGCAUCAUGAACGAGCAUCAAGUGUCGAUCGGCGAGAGCACGUGCGGCGGGAAGCUCGUGGCCGCGCCCAUCUCGGACGGCGGCAAAGCGCUCUUUGACGUCUCGGAGCUGACGAACGUGGCCAUGGAACGAACGACGAAUGCGCGGGAAGCGAUUGCACUCAUGGGCCACCUCGCCGAGACGUACGGCUACUACGGCGCCGACUGGUCGAGUCCGAACGCGGCGCUCGAGGCGGGCGAAGCGCUUGUCGUGGCCGACCCGAGCGAAGCGUGGAUCGUGCACUUUCACCCGGAUGACACGGGCGCGUCCGCGGUCUGGGUCGCGCAGCGCAUCCCCGAUGGCCACGUCACGGCGCGCCAACUUUAUGGGCUCGAAAACAUGGUCGACGUCGCGAUUCGCGCCAAGUUGUACGACCCAUCGGUCAAUGGCACCUUUGACUUCACGCGCGUGUACGCGCAGCCCAUUACGCCCGACCAGUACUACGCCACGCGGCGCGUUUGGCGCGUCUUUACGCUCGCGAACCCGAGCCUCGGUCUCUCGCCCUUGACGGACAUCUAUGCAUCGGACUAUCCCUUCUCGGUGCCGGUCGCAUCGGCCCUUGGUCCGGAGGAUCUCAUGCGCUACAUGCGCGACCACUACGAAGGCACGCCGUUCGACAUGACGCAGGGCCCGGCGUCCGGUCCGUACGGCAACCCGGACCGCUACGACAUCAACGGCAACGGCAACAUGACGCGCGCGACUGCGAUGACGGGCCAUUUUGAGCGCGCGAUCUCGAUCUUCCGCACGAGCUUUUCGUUCGUGUCGGUGGCCGACAAGACCGACCCGUUCCUCGGCCUCAUCUGGUUUGGCCAGUACGGUCCGCACGCAACGUCGUAUGUGCCCAUCUUUACGCAUGUGACCGAGGUGCCACGCGAGUACUCGCGCGGGUCGCUGCACAUGUACGACAUGGAGGCGUCGUUCUGGGCGUUCGCGAUCGUUGGCAACUGGGCCUCGCGCUUCUACCGCUUUGCGCACCCGGUCGUGGCCGCGGUCCAAGACAAGCUCGAAUCGGCGGCCCGGGCCGCGUUGCCGUCGAUCCAGGCGCAGGCCGCGUCGCUGGCGUCGACAAAAGGCGACGACGCGCUCCGAACGUACCUCACGACGCAGUCCAAGCAGCUCGCAACGAGUACGCACAGCGCGUUCGUGAGUCUCUUUGGGACGCUAGUGACCAGCUUCCACGACGGGUACGUCAUGCACAACUUGACCUCUGCGACGCUCUCGGCGCAGUCGCUCUUUUACCCGCAAUGGUGGCUCGAGGACGUCGGGUACUUUGCCGCGCACGACGACAUGCCGACGUUCAUCACGAGCAACGAAGGCGCGUCGACCAUGUUCUUCAUGGGCGUCUUCCUCCUCGGAUCCUUCGUCUGCCUCGCGGUCGGGUUUGGCCUCGGCAUGUACCGCCAGCGCGGCUACGUGCGCAUCAACUAA